AGGGGGACAGACCCAUGCAAAAAGAUGAACCAUAUUGACUGUUUGGUAAUGAGCGCAAAAGGAAGGUAGAACAACCAUUGGUGGAGGAAAGAGAACCCAAGAUGUCGGGGGCAGAGCAGGCUGGCAAAGGAAAAGAAGAAGAGACGGAGGAGGGACACAUGGAGACCGAUAGAGGAUUGGAGGUACAGAAGAAUAAGGAUGUACGGGGAUCAGCAACAGAAUGGCCGCAGGUGGGGGCAGAGGGUGUGAAGGGGACAAGGACCAGAAUAGCCGCCACCAGUGGAAGCAAGUGGGAGAAGAGAGUAGCAAAAGGGGUAUAACAGGAGAAGAAGCAGCUACAGUGCAAGGAGAGGAGGGGAAAGUUGUGGACCUGGGAAGCAGCCUUGGCACUGAAGGAAAGGACACUGGCAAGGGAGAAGGGACUCAAGGGAGGGGUGAAGUAAAAGGGGAGACAGGGGAGCAAAUCAACAAGGUGGAGAUCGUACAACAGGAGAAUCUGUUGGCGGAUGGGGGCCAAGGGAAAGAGGGGAGAAAGGACGAGAAGGAAGAAGAAGAGGAUGGAGCACGGCGGGCGAUGGCAGCAGACAUGGAGCCGAGGAAAGGAAGGCAAGACAUGCAACAGUAAUAGGAGAGCUUGCAACAGUAAUGGAGAUUCUCCUGCUGCGUGAUAUGCGGUCUGAGGGACUGCCAGGAACGCCCCCCCCCCCCCCCCCCCCCCCCCCCCCCCCCCCCCCCCCCCCCCCCCCCCCCCCCCCCCCCCGCCCUUCUGGAGAUUCCCCUGCCACGUGGCCGCAGGCUGCUGCUAGCAAGCUUCCAACCAGCAGGACAAUCCCCGAAGAAGGGCCAUGGUUUGGGGGUGGGACGCCCCACAGCAGCCCCCCCUUGCAUAGGCGGCUAGUGCCACAAGGGCAAGGCUGAUCCUUUCUUCUCGACUCUUCCCCCUCCUUGGCUGUAUGAACAUGCUUGCCGGUGAUAAGUAACCAGACUAGGCCCACCCAGAAUAGAAGGUCCAAUUAAAAUCUUCAAUGCUCUACCCGAG